AUGGCCUCACACAUAGCCACUGAAACAAAGGAGAGCAAGGAGCUGGAUGCCAUUGCUGAACCUGCCAGAGGCAUCGGGGGCGACGUUGAAAAUGGGGAUUCGAAUUCGUUGCACAAGGGAUCCGAUGAGGAGAUUGCGGCAGACACAGUGGCAGCCGCAGGCGAAUACACUGCAGAACAAUAUCGCAAGUUACUUUGGAGGAUAGAUUUGUAUCUACGUCCAGUCAUGUUGGGCACUCAACAGGCAGACAAAACUGGUAUCAGUACACAGGCCAUCUUUGGCAUCAGCAAAGACACACAUCUUGUUGGUCAACAAUUCUCAUGCUUAACGACGUUAUUCUACCUCGCCUACAUGGUCUGCGAAGCACCAGCCAACUAUCUCAUGCAAAAAUUCCCUCUCGGCAAAUUCCUCUCACUUUGCAUGUUCUUCUGGGGAAUAAUCGUACUCUGUAUAGCCUUCGGCAAGAACUGGACCGAUCUUAUGAUCCUUCGAGCCCUCCAAGGAGCACCCGAAUGUACCAUCUCUCCGACGUUCAUACUGAUCACCGGAUCUCGAGCCAUCAUUUCGGGUUUGAUUAACUAUGGAAUUGGUGCCCAUGCCCAGAAUCACCCUGGUGGUCUUGCACCGUGGAAGGGGAUUUCGUUCUUCCUUGGAUCAUUGACAACUAUUGACUCGAUCUUGGUAUCUUUUGCGCUGGGCACGCCAAGUGAAGUCAGAUGGCUGAACGCUGAUGAGAAGCGAGCUGCUGCUGCAAGAGUCGUCUCGAAUCAGACUGGAACGGAUCGUCAGAAGAGGACUGAGUGGAAGUGGGACCAGGCCAUCGACACUUUCAAAGAUCCACAGACCUGGUUCUUCUUCUUUGUUCAGAUCGUCAAUGCGCUUCCAAAUGGGGGAAAGACAACUUUCGGAAAGCUGAUUUGGGUCUCGUUUGGCUUCACUAAUCUCGAGACUCUGGUCAAGGGAACUGUCCCAGAAUAUUUAUUUUCUAUUCUUUGGUUCCUCAUCGCUGGUAACACGACAUUGAAGAAGCCGAAUCUCAGAUUCUACUUUAUGUUUGCCUCUCUCAUUCCCGCUUUCACUGGAAUGAUGGCCAUCGCUCUCCUUCCUCAGACUGGAAACCUGUGGGUCAGAUGGUUUUUGUACCAGACACCACUUUUGGAAGUCUUCCUAAUUUGUGCCAAAGAUGCACCAAGAUAUAUACCAGGACUUACAGUCUGUGGUGUCAUGUAUGGCGUGGAGUUCACCUUGAUGGUGUGUUGGAGAACUUACUACGCGUGUCAGAAUAAGAGGCGGGCGAAGAAGAUUGCUGAGAUGGGUAUCAGUCCUGACGAGAGCGCCAGGAUUGGUGCGAUGAAUGCUGAGGCGGAUAUGAAUGACUUUGAUAAUAUCCAUUUCAAGUAUCAGAUGUAG